AUGGGUGUUGCUGAUUUGAUUAAGAAGUUUGAGCAAAUUUCUCAAGAGUCUCCCAAGACUGAGGUGAAGAAGCCCACGCCUGCUGUUGCUGAACCUUCUGAUGCCACUGAAGCUACUGAAGCUACUGAAGCUACUGAAGCUACUGAAGCUUUGACUGACGAAAGUGCUGAACCAGCUGAACCAACCCCAGUUGAAGCUUCAGAAGAAACUCCAGUUGAAACUACUACAGAGGAAACUCCAGCUGAAGCUGCUCAAGAAGCUGAAGCUACCACCGAAGAAACUCCAGCUGAAACUGCUCAAGAAGCUGAAGCUAAUACAGAGGAAACUCCAGCUGAAACUGCUGAAAAUACUCCUGCAACUGAUUCAGAAACUGCACCAGAAGAAACUCCAGCUCAAGAGGCCGAGAGUGAAAAGACUGAAGACGACCAAGAGGCUUCUGCUGAAGGUGACAACACACAGGAGAAUUCUGAGCAAUCUUCUAAAAGCAAGAAGAACAAGAAGAAGAAGAACAAGAAGAAGGCCAAGAAGGCUGCCGCAAAGGCUGCUACUGAGGGUGAAAACGGUUCCAAUGAGGAGGAAACCCCAUCUGAUUCGCUUAGGCCUUGUCAAUCAGAGAAUAAAGAAGAAAUCAAAGCAAUUACACAGGACCUACACGAAGAGACCUUCGAAGGUAUUGCUCAUGAAUCUGCUCCUAAUGAGGUAGAGGGUACUUCAAGACUGGGUCGUGAUAAUCCAUUUGAGUUUGGUAAAAGAAACCUAACUGAGGACUCUGACGUUUGGAACCACAACGCUUGGGAUAACGUCGAGUGGGGUGAAGAACAGAUCCAACAAGCUGAAGAAAAGAUCAAACUCCAAUACGAUUGCCCUGUCUCAGAGUUCGACAAGGAGUUGUACAACAGUAACCCAUCAAGAUACUGGGACAUUUUUUACAAGAAUAACAAAGAGAACUUCUUCAAGGAUAGAAAAUGGUUACAAAUUGAAUUUCCAAUUUUAUACCAAUCUACAAAGAAAGACGCAGGCCCAGUUACCAUCUUCGAAAUUGGUUGCGGUGCAGGUAACACUUUCUUCCCUAUCUUGAAUGAAAAUGAGAAUGAAAACUUGAGAAUUAUCGCUGCCGAUUUUGCACCAAGGGCUGUUGAGUUGGUCAAGGAGUCUGAGAACUUCAAUCCUAAGUAUGGCCAUGCCACUGUUUGGGAUUUAGCCAACCCAGAUGGUCAAUUGCCCGACGGUGUUGAACCACAUUCAGUGGACAUUGCUGUGAUGAUCUUUGUCUUUAGUGCAUUAUCCCCAUCACAAUGGGACCAUGCUAUGGACAACUUGCAUAACAUAUUAAAACCAGGUGGUAAGAUCUUGUUCAGAGACUAUGGCCGUUACGACCAAGUUCAAGUGAGAUUUAAGAAGAACAGAUUAUUGGAUGAUAACUUCUAUGUAAGAGGUGACGGUACGAGAGUUUACUUCUUCACCGAAGAAGAACUAAGAGACAUCUUCACAAAGAAGUAUUUCAAAGAGAACAAGAUCGGAACAGAUAGAAGAUUAUUGGUCAACAGAAAGAGACAGUUGAAGAUGUACCGUUGCUGGCUGCAAGCUGUCUUCGAUGUACCAAACUGA